UAGGCAAGCACGAUGCUUAAGAUGUUGUAGGAGGUGACGCUGAAAUACAAAAAUUUCAAGACGUUUGAAAGGCCACGUAAUCUCCGACCGCCCAGAGAGCGCGCGAGCUCAUUUACAACACAGCCGGGGUCCUUAUCACGCACGCAUAUUAAAGACGUACUACAUCAAUGCUGCCUUCACUUGCUCAUCAGCCAUGUCCGUGAAUGAGUACAGCCUGAUCUGUAAUUUCCCCAAGUGUCGAGGCAGGUUGAGCGGCUUCGCCUGGGUGACGGCCUGCUCUCAUGUCUUCUGUGAUCGGCACGGCUCCGGUGAGUUCAGCCGCACUCCAGCCAUCUGCCCUGCCUGCUCCUCUGCCCUGUCAGGAAAACUGGACAUCGUGCGCACUGAGCUGGCGCCUUCAGAGCAGUACAAGGCCAUGGUUUUGGUAGGAUUGCGACCUGAGACCAUUCUGGAUAUCAGCCAUCGAGCACUGGCCUUUUGGACAUACCAGGUAAACCAAGAAAGGUUGCUUACGGAGUACAGUUUGUCUCGAGCAGAAGUGCAAGUUGGCCGAAUGGAGAAGUUGAUGGCACAGCAGAACCAAUCCAAAGAGUAUGAGCUGAAUGCAAUGCGAGAGGAGAUUGCAUCACUCAAUAAGAGGCUGGAGGAAUAUAAGCGAAAAUAUAGUGAAGUUUCAGAGCUUCUGGUGAAGAGAAACAGACAGUAUCAGAAGCUUCAGGGGCUGUUUGAGACUGUGACGCUACGCACCAUGGAGGCGUCUGACAAAGACGGACUGAACCAGGCUGCCCAUGUUUUCCCAUCUGGAGUAAUUAGACAGCGCUCUGCCCACACCACUCCUCCUUUCUUAGCUGUGGGUCCAGAAAGUGACAAGCUCUUCCCUUCUUUCCUAGAACCAGAGAGCUUCAAGAGCUUUUUCCAAUUUAGCUCUCCACCAAGAGAGAAAGGACAUUCCUUUCUAAAGAAAAACUAACGGUUUGGUAUGCAUCUGUAUUUUCUCCAUUACACUGUUAUAUUCUUGGCAUACAUGUUGAUGUACAAUUUGCGACUGUUAAAUUACUUAAUUCCCUGCAGUGUUCACUGCAAAGUUGUUUAUAGAUAAUAAAGUAGUUUGGACUGGUGUCAACAAAGUAUGCUGCUAAUUUAUGAUCUUAUGACAGGUUGGUUUUUUUACUUUUUUUUAUUAUUUCAUGUUAACUCAAGCAGGAGUGUACUUUAUUUUCAAGACUAUUCUUCUCUCUCUCCCCUGCUGUCUUUUAUUUCUCUCUGUUGCUACAGUGUGUGUGGGCUAUGUGCAGCAUAAUACAGUUGAGACUGCAAGUAGCCUAGUUUAGCACUUGCAGCAAUUUUGUCCAUGUUCUUAAUAAGCGAGGGCAGAAACUUUAGGCAGUGGAAAGUAAUAAUUAUUAUAGAUGGUGGCAAUUGUCAGUUUGUCACACAGCUAGGUAGAAAACAUUAAGGUUCAAUUCAGAGGUCUAAUGUAAUCUCUGCCCACUCUUCUCCACUUGUUUGAGGAAUGUUGUGUGUGUUAGAUUUUAAGUAUAUUUGGCAAACUCAAAGCACAUCUUAUAAAUCACACAUGACAGAUUCUUAA